GUGAUAUCCAAAAAAAUAUAGGAAGAAUUAUGUACUAAAAAACGAACAAACUGUUUUUGCAGGUCUAUUUUGUUGUGUUUUCCAUUCAUUUUGUUGAAAGUACCUUACAAAAAAUUAAGUAGUCUCUUGCCAGUCUUAACUCAUCAGGUGAAUAGUCGGUUAGGCUACGUUAAGCGUCAAUAUUUUUUCAGAUAACCAUCAGAUUUGCUAGAAGUAUUGAUCAAAACAUUUUUCGCGAAUAUUUCCAGAGUGGACCCCAAUCAACUCUGGAAACAUAAUCACAGCCGAUUCACGUGGACCGGCAUUCGCCAUAGUCUGGCUAGCCUCUAGAAAAUCCGUCCCCCCUCAGCCAGAUAUCCAGAUUGUCCAUAUAUACGGAGCAAUUCGCUCUAUAGAGCCAUAGUCAACCGCUACCGACUCAGCGCGUCGCCUCGAACAGUUCAGUGCAUAUCACACUUUCCGGACUCACUGCAGGUUAAUAAAAACAGUCUCCAAGAUGAAAGUCGAUAUCACCGUGGACAGUGCUAACGUGAAAUACACCCCCAACUACAUCGAGGCCAAGUAUGACUACCAGUACACCAGUGCCGUCAAAGAGGGAAGCAGAAUUUUGGUCACCCCUAAAACUGAAAAACUAGUCCUUAGGACCACCCGCAAAGUCCCACGAUUGGGCGUAAUGCUUGUCGGUUGGGGUGGAAACAACGGAUCCACGUUCACCGCUGCUGUCAUCGCCAAUCGCCUAGGCCUUUCAUGGCCAACUAAAAAAGGGGUGCAAAAAGCCAACUGGUUUGGAUCUUUAACCCAAGCAUCUACAGUUCGUCUAGGGGACAAUGUUCACGUCCCAUUCUGUAACCUCUUGCCCAUGGUGCAUCCCGAUGACAUUGUCAUCGAUGGAUGGGACAUUAGCUCUAGGACGUUGGCUGAAGCCAUGGAACGUGCCCAGGUUCUGGAACCCGCACUUCAGGAACAACUGAAACCUCAUAUGCGCAACAUGAAGCCUCGACCAUCUAUGUACUUCCCUGAUUACAUCGCGGCUAACCAGCCAUCACAUAAAUUCUUUUUGUUUCAGAAAAGCCGAGCUGACAACGUCCUCGUGGGUUCGAAACUGGAGCAAGUGGAAAAGAUCAAAAUGGACAUUGAACAGUUCAAAAAGCAAUCGAACGUGGACACUGUCAUCGUGCUGUGGACCGCAAACACUGAAUGUUUCAGCACGGUCAUGGAAGGCGUCAACGACACAUACGAAAGCAUCAAGAAAGCCAUCGUUCAAGACCACUCUGGAUUGUCUCCUUCAACUCUGUUCGCUUAUGCCUCCAUUGCCUGUGGGUGCACUUACAUCAAUGGUUCUCCCCAAAACACAUUUGUACCUGGCAUUAUAGAAUUCGCCGAAAGGCAAGGAGUUUUCAUUGCUGGAGACGACUUCAAAUCAGGUCAAACCAAAAUCAAGAGUGUCUUGGUAGACUUUUUGGUCGGUGCCGGAAUCAAACCUGUAAGCAUUGUAAGCUACAACCAUCUCGGAAACAACGAUGGCAAGAACCUGUCGGCACCAAAGCAAUUCAGAUCCAAAGAGAUUUCAAAGAGUAACGUUGUGGACGACAUGGUGGAAUCAAACGAAAUCCUGUUCAAACCAGGGGAAAAACCAGACCACGUGGUUGUCAUCAAAUAUGUCCCAUAUGUUGGUGACUCCAAACGAGCUCUAGAUGAAUACACCUCCGAGAUCAUGAUGGGCGGAACCAACACCAUUGUGAUCCACAACACCUGUGAAGACUCCUUGUUGGCCACACCCAUCAUUUUGGAUCUCGUGCUUCUGGCCGAACUCUUCUCCAGGAUCAAAAUCAAGCGCGAAAACUGGUCUGAUGAGGAAUACACCGGAUUCCACUCCGUCCUCAGCUUGCUCAGUUACCUGUGCAAGGCUCCCUUGGUCCCUCCAGGUACUCCUGUGGUCAACGCCUUGGCCAAACAGAGGGCAGCCAUUGAAAAUGUCAUGAAGGCGUGCUUGGGCUUGCCUCCAGACAACAACAUGACCCUGGAACACAAGGUACCGUUCCUCAUGGUCGCCCAUUCCAAAGAGAAGAAAGAAAAUGGCUUGAAGCUGGAUCAUUAAUAAGGCUGUGAUUACACGUAUUACUAUAUUCGCUGUGUUGAUGUAGGAAAUUCAAAUGCUUCAACAGUAGUGUCAGGUGAAUAUUCUAGCAGCACAUUAUAUGAAAAUGUUGACCAAAACUAGUCGGCUCAGUGAGUAUAGUGAUCAAUAACUCGAUUGUUUGUUGGAGAUAUUUGCAUCUUGAUGUUACAUUAACAUCAUUAAAAUAUGAACUAACUUUUUGUUUAUCUUGAGUACGGUGCCUUUGAUCCUUAUUUAACAAAUAUUGAUUUAAGUUGUACCAUGUUUGCAAAUUUACAUAACAUGUAUAGCCUUCACAUAUUCAACAUUUUAGCAUUUCGUUUGUAUAUGAUGCAAUACUCUAAAUAUUUAUUGAAUGAUUACGAUCAAAGAUUAUUAUGAAAUGUGAUUUCAAGUAGGAAGAGUCCAGAAAGUCUAUUAGACUGAUUCUGAGGAUGAAGCCUUAUAUUCUGGCCUUCAGAUUGUUUGAAAUAUCCAAACGUGAUCUGUAGAUACGAUAUUCUACUGGAAUGUUUUAUAUAAUUGGAGCUUUAAGCUUUAACUUCUUACUACUUGUUAAUUAUUUUAGACAUUUUAUUUAUUGCUUUUCUCAGGCAUCUUGUACUGUAGUGAAUACAAGAACAGAAGUACUUUGUAACUACUAUAUGUAAGAUGCUUAAAUUGAUGUACUUCCAAAGAAUUUAGCAAUAAAGAUAUAAAUUAUAA